UGGAAACGGGCGCUUCGCCUUGCCGAGGCCUCCCUCUCUUUCCAAGAAAAGACUCUGUCGGGUUUGUGGCGUGGAAGGGGGGCGCGGAAAGCGUGAGAUUCAACAAUGCUACAUACAGAGCAAGAUUUAAAUGAACUUCUCAUCUGUAAAGAACAAGAACUGAAAGAGCUACAAGCUCGUCAGACCCAUUUUCAUAGAGCAACACUGCAAGAAACCCAAAGGCAACUUCAAGAAAUGAAUAGAAAAUUUAAUGUUUUGAAGGAAGAUUUCACCUAUAACCUUAAAUUACUACAGGAGAGAGAUAAAGAGCUGGAGCAUUAUGAUACCUUAUUUACCCAGUUGAAAAUGGUUGAAAAUGUUAAACAGGCAGAGGUUAGUGAUCUUAAAAUAAAGAUAGAUAAGCUGGAACAGGCACUUGCUCAGGAAACAAAAAAACAAGAGGCUCUGCAAUACCAGUAUCAACAAAAGCUUAAAGAACACCAGUUAGAGCUGGAGCACCUUCACAGUUCUAAGGACUCUGAUAUCAGUCACCAUUGUGAGAAAUAUGAAAAUAUGAAACAUCAGCUGGAGAGAAAACUCACGGAAAUAGAAAGUGAACUUGCUUUGCAAAGACAGGAACUUCUAGUGGAAUUUGAUGCAGAAAUGAAAAAGAGAGAGCAUGAGUUUCGACAGAAAGCAGAUGAAAUGAGUAAUAUAGUUCUGUCUCAUGAGCUUAAGGUUAAACUGUUGACCAAGGAACUGGAAGCUUUGAAACAAAAUGGGAUAAAAAUGGCAGAAUCAUUGAAAGUGGCAGAAGCAACUAAUUUGGAGCUGGAGAAAGAAGUCAAAUGCAAAGAUUGGGAGAUAAAGGAUCUUGCGGCUGUGAAAGAUGUUCGGAUUCAGGAUUUAGAAAACAAACUCGAAUUGCUGCAGUUGAGCUGGAAAAAGGACAAAGAAAUAUUUGAGAGAAAACAUGCAGCAAUAGAUCAUUGCGCCAGGGAAAAGGAUGCAUUAAUUGCCUCAGUGAAAGAGACCCAUGCUGAACAAAUACAUAAAUUGGAAAAUCAGAUCGGAGAACUGCAGAUAGAUAAAGAAACUUUGGAAAUGGAACUUCAUCGGUCUGAACGGAGGCAUACAGACCACUUGAAAGAGAAAGAGGCUAUCAUUGAAAAACUUGAGCUAGAGCUGGAGGCACUGAAAACAAGCUUGGAUUCUCAGACAGCUCAAAUAUCCAGGGAGGCAGUUUCAAAAGACCUUCAGAUUCAGGCAUUCCAAGAAGAAGAGCUGAAACUGAGAGCGCAACUAGCUAGCCUAUUACAACAUAUUGAAAGAUAUAAACAAGAACUUUCACUAGCAGCAGAGAGAGAAGCAAUUCUGGAAAGAGCUAAAGUGCAAACAGAGCUGGACUGGCAGCGGCAUUGUGAGAAUGCUGAAAGAAAUCAAUAUCAGAAAUCAGAGGCUCUGAUACACAGCCUGUCAACAGCUAGGGACCAGCUUACUGCUGAACUACAUGAGAAAGAGCGUGAAUUGCAUGAACUAGAAAGGAUCUCAUCUGCCGUAACCCUUGAGAGGGACAAGGCCAUUCAGAAACUUCAAAAGCUUGAUCACUUGCCAAAAGGAGAGAAACAGCCUACUGUAGAGGCCAUCGAACUUGGUUUUCCUUCCACUGAGAUCCAGAGAUUACAAGAACAGAACAAUAACCUGCGAGCUGUUAUUGCUGAAAUGAGAAGAGAAAUGGAAACCCUUAAUAAUCAGGCACUUCCCUCUGAGCAUACCAAACUGAAAAUGCAAGAUGCAGAUGGGACCGAUUCUACUGCAGUUGUAUUCACCCCUGACUAUGUCCAGUCCUUGGAAGAGGAAAUAAGAAAAUUGAAGAAAAAAAUCCAGGCAAUGGACAAGCAGCAUGAGACUUUAUCUGAAGUUCCUGAAAAAAUAUUUGUAUCUUCGCUUUCAUCCAAAUGUAAUAAAAGUACUCAAAUUUCCCAGCAGGACCACAUUAUCAAUGAGAACAAUGGUACAUUGCACGCGCAUGCAGUUGCUACUGAAAUUACUUUGAAAAAGCAUAACAUCAGAGACCCGGAGGUGGAUUCAAUGAGGACACAAGAAACGCAGGUGGAUCCAAUGAUCAAAAGGCUUCAGAAAAACUCUGUAAAUCUUAGACCACAGUUACUAGGCAUGGGAGCAGGUGAUGGGCUUCAGCAACAUACAGGAAACCAUGUCCAAAUGAUGCAAGGUAAAUUGAAGGAAGCUGUGAGAAAGAUAUGCAGUCUGAGCACAGAGAAGCAACAGCUACUAGAGAUGGUAAACAGGCUAAGAGCAGAACUAGGAGCACCUUCAAAGAAAGGAUCUUGGAAUAGUCAUAGCUCAAAGCAGCCUUUCCCUGCUGCACUCUAUCCUAAAGAACUUGUGAAGGAGACCAAGCACCGUCUUCUAGCUUUAGAACAUCUACAGUACCAGCUUACAACCCAGGAGUUGCAAUAUGCACAGCAAAACCAUACCUCAGGAAAAUGUCCUGUUUUUGUUAAGAAGAUAAAAAACAAAAAUAUCCCAAGCAACAGCAGCACUUGCAGUGAAGGCGCUGAAGUCCCUCUGGAACAGGUUCAGUUGGAAUCAUUUGUGCAAAACUGCACUGCAGAUCUAUCAAAUCCGGACACCUUGGUGCCACACCAGUCCAAGCAACUGAAAAUAGAAAGUCCUAGCCUAUUUCAGCCAGAUCAGUUGUCAUCAUCUGGAGCACAUAGCUCUCUGGAGGAAAUUUGGCAGAUUCUAGAGAUGGGAUCAAGCCCUUCUUUUCUGAGCUCCCAGAGCUACAAUGAUCAAGAAAAAUUCCAGGCUGUCCAUCAAUCUGAAAGACUUGAAGAGUCUCCAGAAAAACAUGAAGCAAGUUUUAUACAGCAGGCACCAGUACCUCCUUUGACGGUCAGGGGGUCUAAAUUUGAUGUUCAGCCCAAGCUAAAACCGCACAAAUCAUCUUACAGCCAUUCCAGAAAGCCCCAAAUUUCUCAGCGGACAACAAGAAUCCGAAACUACAAUGUAAAGGAUUGAGAUUCUGAGUGAAAUAUAAAGUGUUC